AACCUCCUACUGGAACCUCCUACUGGAACCUCCUACUGGAACCUCCUACUGGAACCUCCUACUGGAACCUCCUACUGGAACCUGCAAAUUUUAGUAAUGCUUAUCUGACGAUACGGCGAUUCUCGAUGGGGAUCUGUUUGUUGGAUACAGCCCUAACGUGUAACUACAUGGGGAGGAGCGGCUCGCGUAGUUACGCUACUAGUGAUUGCCUUAAGUAAUGAGCCUUGCACACAUACCGGAUCUACCAUAUCCUCUAUUAUUACACUGAUAUCCACAAUCGUCUCGUUUAGCUACUGCCAACUACAGUGUCCAUCUGCCUUGGUGGCCAUGUUCGUGGGCUAACCAGGUACCUAGGAGAAGCGCAUGAAGCCAGUUCCAUCAGAUAUCACUUGCGUAUGUACCGUACAUGUUAGAAUUGCUCCGUUGGUUCCUUUACAUACAUACUGCCCUCGGUUGGCCUAUCGACAUACAUAUCCCGCGAUAUCUUCGCCUCGGGGUACGAUACUCCCGCCCCACCACCGUCUCCCUGUUGGAAGGGACGCCCACCCCUCUCGCGACCCCCUCCGUUCCAUCUCGCGCUUUUUGAAGGCAAGCCUCAAACCUGCUGUCAACACGUCCACCCCCAGCCCCCUUGGAUUGGGGAGCCCGUUAGGUCUAAUUACGCUCUUAUACACAUGUAUAAGAGCGACAACCGACCGCGCUGGUGGGAAGGCAGAAUACCUAUCAUCACGCAGGGAGGACAGACUUAGGUACCCGUGUGCGGCUGGGAAACUCUGGAGUCUGGACAAGUAUCUUAUUGGACGGGCAGGGCUCCUGCACACACGUCAUAGGUGGCAGUAUGAUAGGUAUGAUAGGUACGCCAAUGGCUUCCGGUUGGCAGGGCAAAUGUUCGACGUUCAUGGGCUGGGGAAUGCAUGCAACGGGGGUCAAUCGAAUGGAAUUCGGGGGCAACCUGGCGAUACUUGAAGGCGAUACAAAGGCCUACGGUAUCCCCAAAGCUUCCGAAAAGGCCAAUCGGACUAUCAAGAGAUCGGCGCAUCAGCAGAACAGAAUGAUAGUAAGGUUGCGGCAUCAGGCUUCGGGG